AUGAUCGGAUAUAGAGGCAAUUCAUUGCCAUAGUCACAUUUGGAUUAAGAAUCUAUUCGACCAAGAUAUCUUUCAACAAAGAUUAUUGAUAAGCUCAAGCAACUUCCUAGAGCUCUCUAUCCACUUUAUGCUCUACUCAGAAUUCUGAUUCAAAUCAUCCAACUAAUAAUAGUUUUCCAAAGUGAGCAUUAUGACUAUGUGAUAAUGUAGAACCCACCUUGUAUCCCGCUGAUGCUUGUACUUGCAUUCUUGAAAUUGACACGACUCAACAAUCAGAAAGUCAUUAUUGAUUGGCAUAAUUAUGGCUAUAGUAUUAUGAGAGUAAAUAGAGUUAAUAAGUAUAUAGUUGCACUUGCUAAGAUAUAUGAGACAAAGUUAGGAAAGUUAACAGGUGAUCAUCAUUUAUGUGUUUCUUAAGCUAUGCAAAUAGAUUUGGUCAAUAAAUUCAACAUCUCAAAUACUCCUCAUGUCCUAUAUGACCUAGCUACAGUGAAAUUUCAAUAACUCAAUACUCAAUAAAAACAUCAGCUAUUCAAAAAGCUUAAUCUAAACAAUUUAGGAGAAGAAAAUAAUGAGAAUAAAAGUUUGUUUACUGAGUUUAAUACCGAAACAAAAAAAUAUCAAUAUAGAUAAGAUAGACCUGCUUUGGUUUUAAGUUCAACAUCUUACACUCCUGAUGAAGAUUUUAUGGUUUUAAUAAAUGCUCUUGAUUAACUACAAAUUAAAGUAGAUGAUCUAAGAAAUAUCAGUAAAUCAUUUACUUUCCCUAAAAUCUAGCUUGUCGUAACAGGAAAAGGUCCACAAAAGGAUCAUUAUGUCUAAAUCUUUAAUGAAAAAAACAAGACCUGGAAAGAUUUUAAUAUCAGAACUGCUUGGUUAGAAGUUGAUGAUUAUCCAAAGAUUGUAGCUUCAGCAGAUCUUGGAAUAUGCCUACAUUACUCAUCUAGUGGUCUUGAUCUUCCAAUGAAAGUAGUAGAUAUGUUCUCUGCAAAAACACCAUGCUUAGCCUACAAGUAUCAAUGCAUUGAUGAACUAGUUGUUGAUUAGACCAAUGGAAGAGUCUUUUCUAAUGAAGAGGAUUUAAUGGAAUAGAUCUUUGAUACCAUUAAGAGUUUCGAACCCCAGAAUGAAUUAGGUGGUACUGAAUCUCUCAGAAAGUACAAAAAGAACUUAGAGGAGUUUUCUAAUAAGAAAUGGCAUCCAGAAUGGGUGAAGGCAUUCUAAGGAAGAAUUAUUGCUAAUGAAUUAUUUAGAGAUAAUAAGGAUGUAAAGCAAUGA